AUGUUUUAUAAGAUUUUAAUUUCAAUUUUACCUGAGGCUCUUGCAUCAAAUCCAAAUCGCAUGUUUUUAUACAAACUAACAAGUUCUGAAUGUCAACCUUCAGAUUUCAUUCAAAGAAAAAACCAUAAUGAUUCUCUUAACUUAAAUAUAGAUAGGGGUUGUAUUCAUAUGCCUAAUAAAUAUAUGUUAUUCAUUUCUGCGCUCGCUCUUGUUACCAAGAGCAAAGCUUUAGUCUUCAAAAUAAAAAAGGGAAGAAAAAAAGUUAUGAUGAUCAUAAUCAAAUGGAAAAAGAAUUAA